UAAAAAUCCUGGAGAGGCAUGCUUUCUGAAUUGUGCUCACUUUUGUCUUCCUUCUUCUUGGAUUUCGAAGCGAAAUUUAAAACUCCACUCGCCAAAACAGGACCAGGCUACCGCUAGUGCUGUAUGCAUAGGAUCUCUUGCAAUGAUCUCAUUUUUCUCUUCUAUUCUUCUCUCCUGUAGGUACGACUGUAGUCUAGCCAGGAAAUUUAUUGUAUAAGACGAACGAGGCACUCUUCGUCUCUCCAGCAGUUGGAUAUAAUACUAUAAGACGAAAGAGGCACUUGGGAACCAUGACCACAAGACAGCUCCGCCCCUAUAUGUAUCGGCCACAAUCAGCCAGCAUCUUAUCAAGGGUAGUACUUGCCCUCCUGGUCGUUCACUCAAACCUGCCGCUUGGUCUAGCUACAAAGACCCUUGAAAAAUCAGUGAAUGCCUCGCAAGCAAAGAAGGUGCACUCCUACUUGAGAGAAAACAACUACCAGAAACCCAGAGAACGAAUCGUCGGCGGAACAGAAGCUACGCCAGGAGCUUACCAAUUUUUUGCGCAAUGGCUCACUGGUUGUGGUGGAAGUCUCAUUCACGAUGAUAUCGUCUUGACUGCUGGUCACUGCAUGGCUGAUGAUAUUUUUUCCCUACGACAACCUGUAAAGAUUGGAGGACACGUGAGUGGGACUGGCAAUAGCCGGCGCAUUAUCGACUACGCUCGACAUCCUAGGUAUGAUUUUACAGAUAGCAAAGCCUACGAUUUCAUGGUCCUCAAGUUGGCUAGACCCAUACCCAACGCAACACUAGUGACACUCAACUCGGAUCCAACUUAUCCGUCCUCGGAUGAAACCUUUCGUGUGAUUGGUUUUGGGAUUAUGGCAGAGGGUGCUACUCGAACGGCACCAUACCUGCAACAAGUGGAUGUGAACCACAUUCCAAAUUGUCAACCCUAUUACAACAAAAAAUCACAAGUUCGCGAUUCGGUGUCAUUUUGUGCUGGUCACUUGGAAGGCGGGAAAGAUAGCUGCACUGCAGACUCGGGUGGUCCGCUGUUUGACCCAGCAACCUUUCUACAAGUGGGGCUAGUGUCGUGGGGUCGAGGAUGUGCGAGACCGGAUUCCCCUGGUGUCUAUGCUCGUGUAAGCGUGGUCUAUCCGUGGCUGCAACAUAAAAUCUGCGAGCUUUCAGCCGUACCACCAGCUCACUGCAACGAGAUUCGGAUUGACAUUGCAUACAAUCAAAACCCAGAAGAAGUUGCGUGGGCCUUACUGGAUGAACGGGGGCAUGAAAUGACAGUGACCUUCCGUGGCACAGUGCAAGAAACGGGGCUGCAGACGACAAUCCUCCAGGUACCAGCUGGUGACUACACCUUCUGGAUGACAGAUGGCGAUGGCAGUGCCAUUAUUGGAGGUGUUGCCAUUUACAGUGGCAGAGGUACAACCGAAGAGCUAGCUCUCCAUAAUGGGGAUAUUCGAGAUAGCGGAGAGCUCCUUCUAAACAUCCAAGUGGGUGGAGCAAUGGCUGCCGUACCAGUGGCGCCAAGCUUGGCGAAUUCUUCCAGUCAAGUUUCCACUCCCACCACAUUGGUGGACCAAACUGAAAACGGCAAUAGCACAAUGGUCCAAAGCGCUGUUUCGACUCUGCGAGUCGAAAUUCUGUACGACAUGCACCCGCAAGAGACUGGCUGGUUUUUACUGAAUCAAGAUACUGGUGAAGAAAUCUAUACUCUCCAGUUUGAUGGCAACGGCACUGUCCAGCAAAAUGUUGAUAAUGCAUUGACUCAAGUCGUGGAGGAAUUUCCCGGUUUGUUGGAAGGGAACUACUGGUUCCUCAUUGCUGAUUCUGCCGGAAACGGAAUUUGCUGUAGUCAUGGGAAUGGGAACAUUCGUAUAGUUCAGGAUAUCAUAUACUAUCAAACAGCGGUUGGAAAAAGGACCGGCUACAUCACAACUGUCGAAGAGCGUGUGAUUUUUGAGCACACCGGCAACUUUACAGAUUAUGCUGAGGCAUACUUUGUUCUUUGAUUCCUCCUUGAUGAUGAUACCUCGCCUCUCGGGGGUGGACCCUGAAGAGAGUGAGAGCGGUCACAAGAGGGAUAUGAGCUAUGUGGCACGAGCCACCCAAGCACCCAAGCAGCCACCCAAGCCGAAAGAGCAGUCGAUACAACCAAUGUGAAAGAGCCGUCGACACAACCAAUGUGCCGCCUAUUAAUAGAGUGCUUGGUAUCAAUGUCUUCUUCCUUGAGUCCAUUUACUUACCCUGAUCCACAAAUACUUUCUAACGCUGUAAAACUAGCUGUACCUGCGAUUCUCCAUGGUACCGAUACCGCUAAUGGUAACUGGUACUGAGGAAGCACAUUUGUUUUCUAUUGUCCAUAUUUUGUUCUCAAACAAACUGAAUUCAUUAGCUAGCUAGAUUGUACAAAACAUAUCACAAAUCUUUCCCCAGACCAGAGAGAAACCGCACCUUUCCAAGAGUGCAGUGGCAGGCUCCGAGUCGAGAACACUCGAGACCAUUUCGAGGUCUAACAAGUACAGCACCUCGACCUGGUCUACCUUUCCUGGCCUAACACCAGUACCCGUACCGGUAUGGUACCGGUCGGUCAGUACGUCAGUACCAGUACACUUGUACCAUGGUACCGGUACCGGUACCAACGUACCAACCACUGCACCUUUGGAAACGCGCAAUCGUUAGACCCAAUACCAGUACCGGUAGGAGAACCCAACACCGGCCAUUCUCGUGGACCGCCACGAGGCCCCAAUCCGGGGCCCGACCGACCUACAAAUACGGAACUCUUCCUUCACGCGAUCUUUCGCUUUGAACUCCCACACCGAAUAAAUCCAAGCAAGAUCUUUGUGUGACGUGGUGAUUGACAUCUCUCGCGGACUUACUCGCGUUCCGGAUCCUGCUGAUG